AAGCCCCAAAUAGUUUGAUUCAGAGAGAGAGAGGGAGGGAGGGAGAGAGAAUUAGGGUUUAAGCAAAUCUGUGAGAAUGGCUCGUAACGAAGAGAAAGCACAGUCGAUGCUCAAUCGCUACGUCACUCUCAAAAACGAAGAGAAGAAGAAGCCACGCGAGCGCCGCCCCUUCCUCGCCUCCGAAUGCCGCGACCUCGCCGAGGCCUCCAAGUGGCGCCUGCAGAUCAUUCGCGAGAUCGGCCUCAAAGUCACCGAGAUCCAGAACGAAGGCCUCGGCGAGCACCGCCUCCGCGACAUCAACGACGAGAUCAACAAGCUCAUCCGCGAGAAGUCUCACUGGGAGCGCCGCAUCCUCGAGCUCGGCGGCCAUAACCACGCCAAGAACGCCCCCAAGAUGACCGACCUCGACGGCAACAUCGUCGACGUCCCCAACUCCAGCGGCCGCGGCGCCGGCUACCGCUACUUCGGCGCCGCCAAGAAGCUUCCCGGCGUCCGCGAGCUUUACGAGAAGCCGCCGGAGCUGAGGAAGCGGCGGACGAGGUACGACAUUUACAAGAGGAUUGAUGCGAGCUAUUAUGGAUAUAGGGACGACGAGGAUGGCGUUUUGGAGAAGCUGGAGGUUGUGGCGGUGGCCGAGUGGAAGAGGCUGGAGGAGAUCAGGAGAGAGGCCAAGAGAGCUGUGAAGAGCGGCGAGGUGGCGACGGUGGCCAAGGCCAAGGAGAUACUGGUGGAGGAGGAGGAGGAGGUGGUGGAGGAAGAGAGGCAGAGAGAGAGGGAGUUGUUGAAAGAGAUGGAGUUUGUGGCUCAUGUGCCGCUGCCGGACGAUAGGGAGAUUGAGAAGAUGGUGCUUGAGAAGAAGAAGAAGGACUUGCUGAGUAGGUAUGUCAGUGAGGAAUUGAUGCAGGACCAGACUGAGGCUAAGCAGAUGCUUAACAUCAAGCGGUAGCUCGAUGAAAGGACCGGGUAUGGUACUCUAGGGCCUAUUUUGACUAGCUCCCUAGGAAUGCUUAACAUGGAUGUUUGAUAUAAUCAUGUGUGUUGAGUGUUUUAUAUCUUGUUUUCCAGUUGAAAUUGGCAGUUAAUUGUGCUUGGAGAAUCAAACAAGUCAUAUUCUUAUGA